GGCUUCCCUCUGGCCAGUCGCGCGUGGGCUGAGGCCCUGGGCGGGCGGUGCGAAGGGUUGUUUGCCAAAGCGCGGUCCCCCCGCAGUCCGGAGCUCCCUUCUUCAGGGGAGGGGGAAAAGGGUGUAGCCCCCUACCUAGGGUGAAUGGGCUGUCGCGUGGGCUGCUAAGGGCAGGCUGGGGAGCACGGGGGCCAGGGCCGCGACCAUGAACUCACCCGUGGACCCCGGAGCUAGGCAGGCGCUGAAGAAGAAGCCGCCCGAGCGGACGCCCGAGGACUUAAAUACUAUUUAUUCUUAUCUUCAUGGAAUGGAAAUAUUAUCAAAUCUCAGGGAACAUCAGCUUAGGUUAAUGUCUGCAAGAGCACGCUAUGAGAGAUACAGUGGCAAUCAAGUUCUUUUUUGUUCAGAAACUAUUGCCAGAUGUUGGUAUAUCCUGCUUUCUGGAUCUGUGCUUAUGAAAGACUCCAUGGUUUUGCCUCCUUGCAGUUUUGGUAAGCAGUUUGGAGGAAAAAGAGGAUGUGAUUGUCUUGUAUUAGAGCCUUCAGAAAUGAUUGUGGUAGAGAAUUCCAAAGAUAAUGAAGAUAGUAUUCUACAAAGAGAAGUUCCUGCCAGACAGUCUCGACGAAGGUUUCGGAAAAUUAACUGUAAAGGAGAACGCCAAACUAUUACUGAUGAUGUGGACAUUAACAGCUAUCUUUCUCUUCCAGCCGAUCUUACCAAGAUGCACAUUGCAGACAACCCUCAUCCACAGGUGACUCAUGUGUCUUCUAGUCAGUCUGGUUGUAGCAUUGCCAGUGAUUCUGGGAGCAGCAGUUUAUCAGAUAUCUAUCAGGCUACGGAAAGUGAGGUAGGAGAUGUAGAUUUAACACGUCUUCCAGAAGGACCUGUUGAUUCUGAAGAUGAAGAAGAGGAAGAUGAAGAGAUUGAUCGAACAGAUCCACUGCAGGGGCGAGAUCUUGUUCGAGAAUGUCUUGAAAAAGAACCUGCAGACAAAACUGAUGAUGACAUUGAACAAUUACUGGAGUUUAUGCACCAGCUUCCUGCUUUUGCAAACAUGACCAUGUCUGUAAGGAGAGAACUCUGCUCAGUGAUGAUUUUUGAAGUGGUGGAGCAGGCUGGAGCUAUUAUUCUUGAAGAUGGGCAAGAGCUUGACUCAUGGUAUGUUAUUUUAAACGGCACUGUAGAAAUUAGUCAUCCAGAUGGAAAAGUUGAAAAUCUCUUUAUGGGAAAUAGUUUUGGAAUUACACCCACUCUGGAUAAGCAGUACAUGCAUGGAGUUGUUAGGACUAAAGUAGACGAUUGUCAGUUUGUCUGCAUAGCCCAGCAGGAUUAUUGGAGAAUUUUAAAUCAUGUGGAAAAAAAUACCCAUAAAGUUGAGGAAGAGGGAGAAAUUGUUAUGGUACAUGAGCACCGUGAACUAGAUCGCAGUGGAACCAGGAAAGGACACAUUGUAAUCAAGGCAACACCUGAGCGUCUCAUCAUGCAUUUAAUAGAAGAGCAUUCCAUUGUGGACCCAACUUAUAUAGAAGAUUUCCUAUUAACUUACAGAACAUUUCUUGAAAGUCCUUUGGAUGUUGGGACCAAACUAUUGGAAUGGUUUAAAAUUGACAGCUUAAGGGAUAAGGUAACACGGAUUGUAUUAUUAUGGGUAAAUAAUCAUUUUAAUGAUUUUGAAGGUGAUCCUGCUAUGACUCGAUUUCUGGAGGAAUUUGAAAAAAAUCUGGAAGAUACAAAAAUGAAUGGUCAUCUCCGGUUAUUGAAUAUUGCCUGUGCUGCAAAGGCUAAGUGGAGACAGGUUGUACUGCAAAAGGCUUCCCGGGAGUCCCCUCUGCAUUUCAGCCUAAAUGGAGGAAGUGAGAAGGCAUUUGGUAUUUUUGUUGAAGGAGUAGAACCUGGUAGCAAAGCUGCUGAUGCAGGACUGAAACGUGGUGAUCAGAUAAUGGAAGUAAAUGGACAAAACUUUGAGAAUAUAACGUUUGUGAAGGCCCUUGAAAUUUUGAGGAAUAAUACUCAUCUUGCACUUACUGUAAAGACCAACAUUUUUGUGUUCAAAGAGUUGCUUACUAGGACCGAACAAGAGAAAUCUGGUGUUCCUCAUAUUCCCAAAAUUGCUGAAAAAAAAAGUAAUCGCCACUCAAUCCAGGAUGUACCAGGAGAUAUUGAACAGACAUCACAGGAGAAAGGAAACAAGAAAAUAAAAGCAAACACUGUUUCAGGUGGAAGAAACAAAAUCAGGAAAAUUUUGGAUAAAACACGAUUUAGUAUCUUGCCUCCAAAACUGUUUAGUGAUGGAGGCCUGAGCCAGUCACAGGACGACAGCAUUGUGGGAACGAGACACUGUAGGCACAGUUUGGCCAUAAUGCCUGUCCCUGGAACACUCUCAUCCAGCAGCCCUGAUCUCCUGCAGCCUACCACCAGCAUGCUGGAUUUUUCUAAUCCCUCAGAUAUUCCUGAUCAAGUUAUAAGAGUUUUCAAAGCAGAUCAACAAAGUUGCUACAUUAUCAUCUGUAAAGACACUACAGCUAAAGAAGUUGUUUGUCAAGCUAUUCAUGAAUUUGGUUUGACUGGUGCAUCUGACACAUAUUCUCUCUGUGAAGUUUCUGUUACUCCUGAGGGUGUCAUAAAACAGAGAAGACUUCCGGACCAAUUCUCCAAAUUAGCUGAUAGAAUUCAGCUCAAUGGAAGGUAUUAUUUAAAAAAUAACAUGGAAACAGAAACCCUGUGUUCGGAUGAAGAUGCUCAAGAACUAAUUAAGGAAAGCCAACUAUCCAUGCUGCAGCUCAGUACUAUUGAGGUGGCCACUCAGCUGUCAAUGAGGGACUUUGAUUUAUUUCGUAAUAUUGAGCCUACUGAAUAUAUUGAUGACCUUUUUAAGUUAGAUUCAAAAACAGGAAAUACUCACUUGAAAGAAUUUGAAGAUAUUGUAAACCAAGAGACAUUCUGGGUGGCCUCAGAGAUUUUAACUGAAUCAAAUCAGCUCAAACGAAUGAAGAUUAUUAAACAUUUUAUUAAAAUUGCACUUCAUUGUCGAGAAUGUAAGAACUUCAAUUCCAUGUUUGCAAUAAUAAGUGGCUUGAACCUGGCAUCUGUAGCACGACUCAGAGGUACUUGGGAAAAGUUACCAAGCAAGUAUGAGAAACACCUCCAAGAUCUACAAGACCUUUUUGAUCCAUCUAGAAACAUGGCAAAAUAUAGAAAUAUUCUUAGUAGUCAAAGCAUGCAGCCUCCAAUUAUUCCACUCUUCCCUGUUGUCAAGAAAGAUAUGACUUUUCUACAUGAAGGAAAUGAUUCCAAAGUAGAUGGUUUAGUAAAUUUUGAGAAGCUCAGAAUGAUUGCCAAGGAAAUUCGUCAAGUUGUUCGAAUGACUUCUGCUAACAUGGACCCAGCUAUGAUGUUCCGACAGAGGAAGAAGAGGUGGCGGAGUCUGGGGUCACUGAGUCAAGGCAGCACAAAUUCAAACAUGCUGGAUGUUCAGGGAGGUGCUCACAAAAAAAAGGCACGCCGUAGCUCUUUGCUUAAUGCUAAGAAGCUGUACGAAGAUGCCCAAAUGGCAAGGAAAGUGAAGCAAUAUCUUUCCAGUCUGGAUGUAGAAACAGAUGAGGAGAAGUUCCAGAUGAUGUCAUUGCAAUGGGAGCCUGCAUAUGGUACCUUGACCAAGAAUCUAAGUGAGAAAAGAUCAGUCAAGUCAUCAGAAAUGUCUCCAGUGCCUGUGAGGUCAGCUGGCCAAGCAGCUAAAGCCCAUUUGCAUCAGCCCCACAGAGUGAGCCAGGUGCUUCAGGUGCCAGCUGUAAAUUUGCACCCCAUCAGGAAGAAGGGACAAGCAAAAGACCCUGCCACACUGAGUACAAGUUUACCUCAGAAAGCUUUAGGAACAACUGAAGAAAUAAGUGGUAAGAAACAUACAGAAGACACCAUUUCUAUGGCAUCAUCCUUACAUUCUAGUCCUCCUGCGUCUCCUCAAGGUUCCCCUCGCAAAGUUGGCAGUAUCAUAUCUGAUCACAGCAUCCUGCUGCGCCUCUCAGGGUCUUCCUCAUCCCCUCCCCGUGAGUCCAGCACCAAGAUCAGUGGCCACAGCUGCCCCGGAAUAGGUUAUACACUUAUACCAUCAGCUAAAUCUGACAACUUGUCUGACUCCAGCCAUAGUGAGAUUUCUUCACGGUCCAGCAUUGUGAGCAAUUGCUCUGUUGACUCCAUGUCUGCAGCUCUACAGGAUGAACGGUGUUCCUCCCAGGCUGUGGCAGUCCCUGAAUCCACUGGAGCAUUUGAAAAGACAGAGCACUCCUCAGGGAUAGGAGACCAUAGUCAGCCUGGCCCUGGGUGGACACUCUCAAAGCCAUCACUAAUCAAGAAUUUAGCUGUCUCAUCUUCUAUGAGCAAUGACGAGAUUUCUCACGAGCAUAUCAUUAUAGAAGCAGCUGAUAGUGGUCGUGGAAGUUGGACUUCCUGUUCAAGCAGCUCCCAUGACAACUUCCAAAGCCUUCCAAACCCAAAAGGCUGGGAUUUUUUGAACUCUUAUCGACAUACCCAUUUGGAUGGUCCCAUAGCUGAAGUUGAACCCACUGACUGUGAGCCCUGUACCUGUCCUAAAGGCUGCUCUCGAACUUGUGGUCAGUGUAAAGGAAGCCUAGAGACUAAUCAGAUGAGGCAGAGUUGGGCUUCUUCUAGUUCUCUGUCUGAUACAUACGAACCAAACUAUGGGACAGUUAAACGGAGAGUGUUGGAGAGCACCCCAGCUGAGUCAGCUGAAGGCUUGGACCACAAGGACGGCAUCGACCCCGUUUAUAAAACUGUUACUUCGAGUACAGAAAAGGGCUUGAUUGUGUACUGUGUCACCUCACCCAGGAAGGAGGAUAGGUAUAGGGAGCCACCUCCCACUCCUCCAGGAUACAUGGGGAUUUCUUUAGCAGACCUAAAGGAAGGACCCCACCUACACCUAAAACCUCCAGAUUAUAGUGUGGCAGUGCAGAGGUCAAAGAUGAUGCAUAACAGCCUCUCUAGACUGCCACCAGCUUCUCUCAGUAGCAACCCUGUGGCCUGUGUUCCAUCGAAGAUCAUAACUCAGCCUCAGAGGCAUAAUUUGCAGCCAUCCCAUCCUAAACUAGCAGAUGUGACUGACGCAGAUAGCGAAGCAGAUGAAAAUGAACAGGUUUCAGCAGUGUAGCCUUUGGAUUGACCUGAUUGAAGUCUACUGAAAGUCACGGAGGAAGGAGUGGGCAGAACCAACUCACAAUUCUGCAGGCCGUUGCCAACAAAUAGCUCGCUGCUCCUGCUGCUAGCCCAGAGGUUUUAUUCCCUGUACUCUGAGCAAUGAGAUAGCCCUGAAUCAUGCUUCCUUUCAUUUAAUCCCUGCAGAUGCAUAGUUUCCUCAGCUAUGGAUGUUGUGCCUGGAUACCAGUCUUCGCUUUGCACACCAGACCUGCCUUGGGACCACAGUUACUAGAACAAAUUCAAACUCGAGUCCUCCCCAUAUAUAUCACUAUAGAUUUUCCUUUAACAUGUUAUUUUUAAGAUAGUAGUAGUGGUAGUAUUUUCAAGCCAUAGCUUGGGUUAACAGACAAAUUCAGAAUGUCUGCCAAUACCAAGGAUAUUUUUAUGUAUUUGAAAAGUAACUUAUUAUUUGAAGUUUUGUGGUUUUGUUUGUAUUUGGGAGCUCUUGUUAAUUGAUGUUCAUGUUUGAGGCCAUAAAACUGUCUCUGAUCUGACCAAACUGAAGCCAUCUUUACAGGAUGAUAUGUUUGAUCUAUACAGAGAUGUAACCAUCUAUAGCACCAACGAAAUGCAGGGUCUCAGUUUGAGUGGAACAGGAAUCCCUUUGCUGUUGAGGUGUUAGGAAGGAGAAUACUGCCAUCUGCUGGUCAGGAUUUGGAAGGCCAAAUGAAGCUACCACAGGGUCUUAGCAGUCUCUUGGGAAAAGGAAGGGGUAUGAUGGGGUGUGUAGCAACUCUAAUUUCCAAAGAAUGAAAUGUUUAUCUUACAUAACAUGUAUACCAGUUCUUUCUGAAGUGAAAGUCAUUCUCUGUCUAACUGUAGCUAUAAGUAUAAAUGCAGUAAAUAGAGAAUGAGUUCUAGACAGUUCUACUCUGUAGAAACCCAUACCUAAAAUUUUUCACAACUCAAAUAUGGAGUUUUUUUAAAGGACAUGUUAUCUUUGGCGGUAUAGUCAUGAAGAUCAAUUUAGCUUUAUGAGGUGUUCUGCGGCACCCACCACCCAACCCCCAUCUCACAGCACAAGGCUGUUUUUAAUCUUCAUAAACCCUGCAGCUCCCAGUUGGCUGCAGGUAAAGCUCAUUAGCACACCAAGGUCUAUAAUUGGUUGAAAAUUUUGUGGGGGAAAGAGGAGCUAGAAUUAUGGAAAUGAUUAUUUCUCGGUUUUCACUUUAGGCCUUGAGAGGAAGGAGAUAUAUAUAUUUAACAGCCUGUUGGGCGUGGCACUCUUAAGUAUUUAGUUAAAAUUUCAGUGACUGUUUACUGGAUGAGGUAGACUUUCCGCAUUUAAAAAAGAUUAAGUAUGAUGUUUUUCUACAUCUUAAGUUUAAAUUUUUUCAUUUGUUUUUUAGUGUAAAGGCAAGUGAAAGGUUAAUAAACUUCUGUGACUACCAAAAAAAAAAAAAGCCAAAGCCAUUAAUGUGUACUACCCAGAUCAACUUGGAGCCAAAAAUAGGUUUACUUCUGAAUGGUUAUCCAUAUGUGAAUUUAUAGGAUUUCGUUGGCUUACUACUUCCUUUUGAAAAGUUUGUUCUCAUUUUUUCCUAGCUCUCUCUUCCUUCUCUCUAUCAUCCUCCUAUUUCCUUCAUUUUAAAAUCGUAAAUCAGUUCCAACUGGUAAAUGGCAGUAGUCCAUCUUUUCUAUCAAAAUGAUAAUUUCUUCAUUUUAGGAAAAAUAACGUGUCUGAAAAAUUCCCAUGGGCAAAAAACUGUAAAUACGAAACUUAAGCCUUAGAAAUUAACCCCAGGUAUGUUAGAAUGAGGCUAGUUGGCUUCAUAGCUUUCUUGGCCCAUUGAAAUGGAAAGUAACCUGGAUCAAAAAUCCUGGUUUGAAAGUCACAUUGUAAAGGUUUGAUCUAUAAACAGUGGUCCUGUGAUCAUAAAGUUUUCUUUCACUGAUUUACACAAUAUUAUUUUCAUGUCCAGAGCAAAACAAAGUGAAAGAUAUUUUUGCUACAACCAUCUUUUUAUCCAGUUUGGGUAUUUAUUCUCACCAUUUUUUAUCCACUCCCCAGAAAAAUGUGCUGUUUGCACAGUAUCUGUUUUUUUAGCAGGUCUUUCAAACCAGAUGGGAGCCUUCUCCAUCAUCGUCCUCAAUGUUGUGGAUAAUAUCUUGCACAGAGAGUCAGAGGCUUGUGGUUUUGGACUUGCACCUUGUAGCUGCCUUUGUUUCCUGUAGCUUGAAAUGUGAGUGUUUGGAUCAGCUGAUCACAUUGAUCAAGAACUAAAGCCAAAUGCUUUCUAGUUUGAUAUGUAUUUAUCCCUUAAAAUAUCGUGGCGUUUUGAUCUUUAUAUUCUAAUUUACGGUACAUUCCUGCCUUCUCUUAAUUUGUCAUGCGACUAGAACAAGAGACGCCUUAACCUAUACUUGCUCCAAUUCAAAAUGCCCAUUUGUUUUUAUUUUAUAAAUUUAUAAGUAUACUGAAGAGAUCUGUGCCCUCGUUGUACCACAACUCUGAAUCUGCCAGGGCUAUUGAAGCAGUAAAUCCUCACUGCAAACUUUUGCCAAAUAAUAAGUUUCAACAAAAAAAAUCUCUGCAUAAUGAAAGAUUUGGAGAAUUAGUAAAUCCAAUAUAUACUUCCAUAAAGGUUUAUUGUAAUUUAAUAGAGUCUUACUUUCUCCAAAUGGUUACUUGCAGUAUGAUAUUUGGGGAGAAAAAGCCUUUAAAUGGUUUUUCUUGAGGGUGAUGUCGCAUUGUCAUCAUCUGCAUAACCACUUUGAGAAUCUCUCCUAGGCUUGAAAUGUGACAGUAAUCAUGGAGAUAUCCAAGAACAAUUCUAAUUUUUACAAAGUGUUUUCUCCCCUUUAAAAAGAAGGGGAGAAAGAGUUUCCUUGUAUAUUUAAGACUCUGAUUAUUAUUCUGAUACAUACAUUUCUAAAAAAUGUGAUAUUAAAGUAGAUGUAUCCCUUUAGUAUUACCGUAAAUGCGAUAUAGCAAAGGGAUAAAUCUUCAAAAAAGUGUCACAGUACAUUUUCAAAUUUAAACUUGAACCCCAGUUCAUCUUUAAUUUCUGUUGUGCUUUUUUAAGGCUUCUUUACUUUUGAUACACAGAAUACAGUUGUACUUAACCUUUUAAAAUUGAAACGUGAGCUGAUCAGCAAAGGACAAAAACAAAACUGCACAGUCAUAAUAAUCAAAUAGCAAUUAUACUGCACAAUUCAGUGAUUGUAAAGUGUCCUGUAACAAGCAAUGUUUGUCUCCUAUUUUUUGAUACCUCUUAAACUUAUGUCUUUUAGAAAGACAGUGCCUCUGUAUGCUUUUUGUAUUUUUAUUGAGUGUAAAUAUUUGUUAUAUUUUUGGUUAAGAGAAUGUAAAAGUACCAUUUAUUAUUAUCAUAUCUACUAAUACAUUGGUGGAAUCAAUAAAGAAUCUAAUUAACCUUC